AGCUCUUUUUACAGCUGCGGUGGUCCACAGCCUGCCUAAAAGAGAACGGGAGGGGCGCAAGAAUAUGACUUCUGAAAGCCCCGCGGACUAAACUUGAAACAGUGUUAGUUUCCGAAACCUGUCGGCGCAGUGCCUGCCGGGAGGGAAGUAGAUGGGUCACCGGAUGAUGAUGUCUUAAAUCUACGUUGCGCAACACUUAGUUUGAAAUGUUUGAAACAGCGCUCAUUUCAGGACCGAGGCACCUGCACGCUGACCUCCGGGAAAGGAAGGAGAGGGCCGCCGGAUUAUGACCUCAUAAGCCGCGCGCUUUGACAGAACACCGGAACUGUGAUCUAUCUGUGAAGCCGAGGUGUGUUGUCUGCCCGGAAGGGGCCAGGAGGGGCGCGCGGCGAUGACGUCAUAAAGCCGCGCGGCUUUAUAAUCGUACACUUAAAACGGUGCUCAUUUUCGUCCGCACGUCAGCGCUGCUCCUAAAGCCCUGAAACACGAAGGCGCAGAACGAUGACAUCAGAAGAUGUUACUUGCAGAAUCCCAGAAUCUACCCUGGGCUUCCCUAGUGAAGGAGUCGCUCUGCGCUACCACAUUGGGUGAAGUCGCAACCACAGGCACCGCCUAGGCUGGACCCCGCCGCAUCGCGAUUGGCUCAGCCGCCCAGAGUGACAUCUGCCUGUGACGCCGUCUUCUAGGGAUUGGCUGGAAGUGCUGUCCCCACAAAACCACUACCAUGAAGCAAGUCCACCUCUCUUUCUCAUCCUGCGGAUUUCUGGGUAUUUACCACCUGGGGGCAGCGACUGUACUGAGCAAACGCGGGCGGGGCUUGCUAUGCAAUGUCACAGGCUUUGCAGGGGCCUCAGCAGGGGCACUGGUGGCCACACUGCUGCUGACAGCACCAGAGAGGAUAGAGGCAUGUACCAGGUUCACAUUUGCCUUUGCGGAGGAGGUCAGAAUGCAGGCACUGGGGCCCUUGACACCUGGAUAUGAUUUCAUGGCCCGGCUGAGGGGUGGCAUUGACGAGAUUCUUCCCCAGCACGCCCAUGAGCUGGCACGGGAACGGCUUCAUGUGUCAGUAACCAGCGCAGUUGGACAGAACUACCUGGUGUCCAACUUCACAUGCAGGGACAACCUCAUCACGGUUCUCCUGGCCAGCUGCUUCAUACCCUUCUACGCAGGACUCAAGCCCAUGGAUUGUGCAGGGCAGCUCUGUGUGGAUGGUGGCCUGACCAACAGCCUGCCUGUGCUGCCCACGGGACGCACCGUGACCUUUUCACCCUUCAGCGGACGGGCAGAUGUGUCGCCACGGGACUUGGGGUGGCCUGGCAUAUAUGUGAGAGUCGCCAAGCAGGAUGUCAUGGUGUCCAUGGCUAACCUGGUGCGUGUGCAGCAGGCGCUGUUCCCACCAAGCAGGGGGAUGAUGGAGGCGAUCUAUGGCAUGGGGAUGACCGACACGGUGCGCUUUCUGCGCAGGGAACGCUGGUCUCAAUAAAUGCAGAUGUGUGUAGCCAAGGCUGGCCCAGACUAAGUGUGCACAUGCAUGCAUGUAUGUGUGUGAGAGCAUGUGUGGGUGCGUCAGUGCUAGCCUCAGACUCAAUGUGUGCAUGCAUGCAUUUGUGUGUUUGUGUGUAUCUGUGAUGGUCUAGGCUGGCUACAGUGUGUAAAUUGUGUGCAUGUGUGGGCAUUUGCAUGUAUGUAUGUGCAUGUGUAUUUACCCAAGGCUGUCCUCAGACUCAGUGUACACGUGUGUGUGUGUUCGUGUGUGUGUGUGUGUGUGUGUGUGUGCAUGUGAGUAUAUGUUGAGUGUAUGUGAAUGAGGGUGUAUGUACAUGUGUGUCUUUGUACCUGUACACACGCAUGUGUGUCCAUGUCUGUGGGAGCACAUACACAUUGGCCUCUGCCUCACUCAGGCGCUGGCAGGGCCUCUCCAAGGAUCAGUCUUGCUACCCUCCUGUCUGAGUGUACAACAUGGCAUCAGCAAUGACUCGCAAAGGAAUACCUUCAACUCUCACAUGGACACCAUAUGUCUGCUGCCGCACACGGUCCAUGUUGAAAUUGCUGGGCAUGUUGGCUGAGGAUAGCCCCAGCAUGAGUGAUGGGGCUGGGAGUCACUCAUAUCAGAAGUAUCCAGUGUUUUCUUAGGGCUACCCCCCACACACCCUACAUUGUUGCACACGUGUGUGUUUCAUGUAUAUGUCUGUUACAUAUAUGUGGUUCUAAUUGCCAACAUGUCUGUGUUUGAUUUUCUGAGAUAUACAUAUAUGUGUAUAUGUGCAUAUAUGUAUAUAUAUGUAUGCAUAGGUAUGUACAUGUGUGUAUAUAUAUGCCUAUGAAUAUUUUAUAAGCAUGUUUGUGUGCAUAAGUAUCUGUAGAAAUACAUGUAUAUAGGUAUGUAUAUGUAAUAUCUGUGUAUGUGUGUGUAUGUAUAAUUAUGUAUAUAUGUAGUUAAAGUAUGUGUAUAUAUGUAUAAGUAUGAAUGCAUAUAUAUGUAUAUAUGUAUGCCUAUGAAUAUUUUUGUAAAUGUGUAUGUGUGAAUAUCUGUGUACAUAAUGUAUGUAGAUAUGUAUAUAUAAGUAUGUAUGUAUAUGUAUAACUCUGUAUACAUGUAGUUAAAGUUUGUAUGUGUAUGUAUGUAUAAGUAUGUGAUAUGUCUCUCCUGCUCUGCCUUCCUACAAAACAUGAACCCAGUUUAAAAUGAA